AGAUCCGCGAAGCCUUCAAGGUGUUCGACCGCGAUGGCAACGGCUUCAUCUCCAAGCAGGAGCUGGGCACGGCCAUGCGCUCCCUGGGCUACAUGCCCAACGAGGUGGAGCUGGAGGUCAUCAUCCAGCGCCUCGACAUGGACGGUGAUGGGCAGGUGGAUUUCGAGGAGUUUGUGACAUUACUGGGACCCAAGCUCUCCACCUCGGGCAUCCCGGAGAAGUUCCAUGGCACCGACUUUGACACUGUCUUCUGGAAGUGUGACAUGCAGAAGCUGACGGUGGACGAGCUGAAGCGGCUGCUGUACGACACCUUCUGCGAGCACCUGUCCAUGAAGGACAUCGAGAACAUCAUCAUGACCGAGGAGGAGAGCCACAUGGGCACGGCCGAGGAGUGCCCCGUCGACGUGGAGACCUGCUCCAGCCAGCAGAUCCGCCAGACCUGCGUGCGGAAGAGCCUGAUCUGCGCCUUCGCCAUCGCCUUCAUCAUCAGCGUGAUGCUCAUCGCCGCCAACCAGGUGCUGCGCAGCGGGAUGAAGUAACGGGGUCCCCCCGCCGCCGGGGGCCCCGCAGCGACAGCGAGGAGGAUUCACCUAUAAAUAUCUAUAAAUAUCUCUAUGUACAUCCAUCCGUGGCCCAGAGACGUGACCCCCCCGGGAGGGGGGCAGCCGAGGGGACAGAGCCGCGCCGGGGCCCCGCCGUGCCGGGAGCCGCCGUCGCUGCUGUUUGCGGAGCGCGGAGAUUUUGGGAGCGACACCGACACACCGACCCCCCCUCGCCAGACACAAACCGACCCGUGAGUGCAUGUGACGUGCAUGGAGCCCCGUGAGCCCCCUCCCCGCGCCGGGCCGGCGGCCCCUCCCGCGGCGGAUCCCGUCGGAUUCUCCGAUCUAGCGUUAGAGCUCGUAUUUAGGAUAAACCAAAUCAUCCCCUAAGCAAUACACGCGCCUGAGAUGGUUCCUAGAGCCGGGAGCGUUUGCAUGGACUUGGCUGCCAAGGGCUGGAUUUCACCCCCCCGACCCCCCGAAGCCCCUCCCCGUCCCCCCCGCCCCGGCCCCGUACCGUGCCUCGGUUUCCCCACCUGCCCGGUGCGGGGACGUUCCUGACCUCCUGCUUGAUGCACUUUGAGCCCACCCCCCUUGGGAAGAGCCGGAGCGACCCCGAGGCUGGGGAGCCCCGCACGCCCCGGAACCCCCCAGCCUGUAUGUAGCACCCACCUGGGCACGGACUGGUUCGGAUUUGGGGCCGUUUCUCAUUCUCCGGAGUUUUUUGGGGGUUUUGGGGUGGUGUUAUUUAUUUAUUUAUUUUUUUUUGUUCUUCCUGGUUGGUUGUUUCCGAUCUGAAAUAAAACUGGGAUUUCUGAAGCGCUCUGGGCUGU